AUGGUACAUCACAUAUUCCUUUCAGGUUCUGUUGGAGUUGGAAAAUCAACUAUAAUGAAACAGCUUGUUUCUUGGCUAAGUUAUAAGUUUAGAGUGUAUCAGAUGAAAGAGUUUAUAGAUAUUGAUACUAAUGGAAUGUCUCGCUUGAAAGAAUUCCAAGAAAGGAUAAUUUCAAAAUAUACCUUUCAUAAAUAUAUAAUAUAUUGGUACAAGCAACAAGCAAAAAGUUCUGAUUUUACUUCUGCUGAUAUUGUAUUAUGGGAGCGUCACCCCAUUGAAGCACAUGAUAUCUUUUGUAGUGGGACAGAUGAUAUAAGUGAGAUGGAAAAAGAAGAUCUUAAUAAUGAAAUUAUUAAUUUCUGCAAAGAUUAUUCAAUACCAUUAGCUCAUAAAGGGUAUUGUGAAGUGACGAUGCUGGAUACAGCUAAUCAGACAGUAGACGAGUUAGUGAAAACGAUUUAUACGAAUUCACUUUCUAAAAUUAGAAUGGAUGAACGUCAAUUUAAUUUCACGUUCUUCCUAUAUUGUUCAGAUAUAGAUGUGCAGUAUAAACGUAUCACAGUUAGGGGAAGAAAUUCUGAAAUUCAAUUCUACAAGAAUAGAGAAAAUCUAUAUUGUAUCAACAAAAAAUACUUCGAUUAUUUUAUUGAAGUCAUGAAUUAA